GAGCAAGACUGCCACAAGUGAGGUGACCAGUCUCGCACUCUCGCUCCUGCAAUCUUCUUCCUCCACGGCUCCACCUCGCCAGACCACGACUGCCAUUAACCAAUCGAGGCAUCCAGUUCACGAGCCAGGAUGGCGUCGGAGAAGAGCAAGAUCCUGGUGGUCGGCGCCACGGGGUACCUGGGCAGGCACGUCGUCGCGGCGAGCGCGCGGCUGGGCCACCCGACCUUGGCGCUCGUCAGGGACACGGCGCCCUCCGACGCGGCCAAGACGGCGCUGCUCAAGAGCUUCCAGGACGCCGGCGUCACGCUCCUCAAGGGCGACCUGGGCGACCACGCCAGCUUGGUGAGCGCCGUCAAGGCCGCGGAUGUGGUCAUCUCCACGGUCGGGGUGCGGCAGAUCGCCGACCAGACCAGGCUCAUCGACGCCAUCAAGGAGACCGGCAACGUCAAGAGGUUCUUCCCAUCGGAGUUCGGCCUGGACGCCGACCGCUCGGGCGCCGUGGAGCCGAUCAGGUCCCUGAUCAUCAACCCCAAGGCGGCGGUCCGCCGCGCCGUCGAGGCCGCCGGCGUCCCCUACACGUACGCGUGGACGGGCUACUUCUUCGGCUACGGGCUGCCCGGCAUCGGGCAGGUCCUGUCCCAGUCACCACCCGUCGAAGAGCCCGCCGUCGUCCUCGGAGACGGCGGCAGCAAGGUGUCCUACGUCGACGAGGUGGACAUCGGGACGUACACGGUGAUGGCCGCCGACGACCCGCGCGCCGAGAACAGGACGCUGUACAUCAGGCCGCCGGCCAACACGCUGUCGCACAACGAGCUCCUGGCGGUCUGGGAGAGGAAGACCGGCAGGGCGUUCGAGCGGGUGCAUCUCGACGAGGACGCCGUGCUCAAGCAGAUCCAAGAAGAUCCGAUCCCGCUGAACAGCAUCCUACUGUCAAUCGGGCACGCGGUGCACAUCAAGGGGGAACACGAGUUCGAGAUCGACCCAUCGUCAGGGGUGGACGCAAGCGAGCUGUACCCCGACGUCAAGUACACCCCGGUCGACGAGUACCUCAACAGGUUGCUCUGAGUCGUUUGAUACGCGCUUUCGCAGGUCUUGACCGAGAGUGCGCAGGGAUCAACUGAUCAUGCGUCAGUAGUCACCGGUUACGCUCAUGUAUGCUGUGCUGUGACUGUGAGUUGUAUAUAUAUGUACACGGAUGAACAGAUGCGAUGCCUCUGUCAAUUGAGAGGCUCUACGAAGUCAUCUCAAGAGCUUAGCAACUCGCUCUGAACCAACAUAGGGUGAUAAUAACGAGGAAAAAUGAGUUAUUCUCUUUUAUUUUAA